GGAGGAAGGUCUCUGCUGUGGCAGAGUGUGGGGGAGAGGGGCCCAGCCUGGUCAUCUUGACCCCAGUCCCUGACCCCUCCCCCAUCCCCAGGGUGUAUGUAUCAGGGACGAGUAUACCCAACCUUUGGGACCUACCAAGACAAUUGUAACCGAUGCACCUGCAAAGAAGAUGGGCAAUGGGAGUGUGACCAGGAGCCCUGCCUGGUGAACCCGGAUUUGAUCGAUGCCAUUAACCGGGGCAACUAUGGGUGGACAGCUGGGAACCAUAGCGUUUUCUGGGGGAUGACUCUCGAUGAAGGGAUCCGGUACCGUCUGGGGACAGUCCGACCCACCUCCUCGGUCAUGAACAUGAAUGAGAUACAAAUGGUCAUGUCACCAGAUGAAACUCUUCCCUCAGCCUUCAGUGCCUCCAAUAAAUGGCCUGGCCUAAUCCAUGAGCCCCUGGACCAGGGCAACUGUGCAGGUUCCUGGGCAUUCUCCACAGCAGCCGUGGCCUCAGACCGGAUCUCCAUCCAUUCCAUGGGUCAUAUGAGCCCAGCCUUGUCCCCUCAGAACCUGCUGUCCUGCAACACCCACAAUCAGCACGGCUGCCGGGGCGGGCGGCUUGAUGGGGCCUGGUGGUUCCUGCGUCGCCGUGGGCUGGUGUCCAACAACUGCUACCCCUUCUCUGAGGGGGAUCACAACGGGGCAGCCCCUGCGGCCCCGUGCAUGAUGCACAGUCGCCACAUGGGCCGGGGCAAACGCCAGGCCACUGCCCACUGCCCCAACAGCCGGACCCACGCUAAUCACAUCUACCAGGCCACACCUCCCUAUCGCCUCUCCUCCCAUGAGAAAGACAUCAUGAAGGAAUUGAUGGAGAAUGGGCCUGUCCAAGCCCUUCUGGAAGUGCAUGAAGAUUUCUUCUUAUACAAGAGUGGGAUCUAUAAGCACACGCCGGCCAGUCUGGGGAAGCCUGAACGUUACCGCCAACAUGGGACUCACUCCGUCAAAAUCACGGGGUGGGGAGAGGAAAUUCAGCCCGAUGGACAGAAGGUGAAAUACUGGACGGCAGCCAACUCGUGGGGCCCAACCUGGGGAGAGAACGGAUACUUCCGAAUUGUGCGAGGGGCCAACGAGUGCGACAUCGAGAGCUUCGUGGUGGGCGUGUGGGGCAGGGUCGGCACGGAGGACAUGAGCCCCCAUCACUGAGCCCCUGCUCUGGCUCGCCCAGACCCUCUGGGCCUUCUCCUGGAUGAGGACUUGGGCAUCCUCCAAGCAAUGUCCACACCCCGUCACCUGCUGCCAGAUCUGGAACCACAGCCAGUGGUGCUAAAAAGUUUGCUUGGGUUGGGGUACAGAUCCCACAGACAGCAGAGCGUGAGAUCCCUGCCCCUUCCCCGGCCAGAGGGAGGGGGAGCUGAUCUGCUGAAACAGCAGUCCCCCGGAGGGCUCUCUACCCCCUGCCCCCCUCCCCAAAUCCCGUCUUUCAACCUCAACCAAGCGUGAGCUGCCCCUAAUCCCUGCCUGCUGAUGCUGCAGUCCCAGGAGAAUGGGAGUGUGGGGUAAGGAAGUCAGGGUGGACAGGCCCUAGGACCCCCUCCCACUUCCCUUUCCCAGGAAUAUAAAGAGGAGGCUUCAGACAUCUGAUUCCAGCCCUGUCCCCAGCCUCCUCUCCCACACCAACCUAUCCCCCCUCUUGUUUGCUCCUUGGCCUCGGGAGCCUGCUGAGCCUCGGUGCAUUCUGGGGUUCCCCUAAACAUGAUGGACACGUGCUGGUCUUCACCCGGUGGGAGAUGAGCUGGGCUGAGGCCUGUGGUCCUCCCCACCCACUGCCUAGGCUGAUACCACUCUCUUUUUCUCUUUCCCGUUGUCGUUUCAGCCUUUGAGAAUAUUUAUUUUGCUUAUUACUGACUGUAAAUAAACCCAAUUCACACA